AUGGGGAGUAUCUACAUAUGGGUUUUCAAGGAAAAGCCUAAGAAUGCUCUGGCUAAGAUGCAGCUGCAGAAUUAUAUGAAUGUGCAUUCUCGUCAAGGGGAUCGACCCUUUCUAUUUAGUGUUGAUAAAGGUUUUGUUCGAUCCCAUAGGAUGCAACAUAAGCAUUACACGGGUCUGUUUAACCCUCAGUGUAUUCAUAGCAUUGAGGUUGUUCCUUCACCCAAUCUCACGGAUCUUGAUGAAGAUGACCGCAGAAGAAGGGCAGAACUCGCGGAAAGUUACUCGAACUUUACCAUCCCACCUGAAGCAAGUGACUACAGUUCGUGGAGAAAUAUGCCAACCACAUGA